AUGGAGCAGGCAUCGCCACAAGAUGCUUGCGAGAUGGAUGCGGCCGGCUCUUGCAUGCACAAUCUCGCUCUUAAAUACCCAAAGACUAAUGAUCCGCACUCAAAAGAAACACUGGUACUUGUGCUAGAGGAAGGCCAAGCUUUUCACAACCAGAUCGUUUUGUCCGCUAGAAUACACAGCGAGCUAUUGCCGCUGCGAAGUUUUGGGGGCAAAAUAUUUGAGGAUGAAUCUAUGAAAAGGGGACAAUGCAUAUGGGCGAGAGCUGUCGACUUGACGAAAAGUGUGAGAUCGGUUGCGACGCUAGCAACUAUAUGUAAGGAGGUAGCAGAGAUGGUUAUCCACAAUGAUAAAGCUGUGAAAUUAGUCUCUCCAUUCAUGUAUUCGUGCGGAUCAUCUUGGUUGUUGGAGAAGUACGCUCGGGCAUUGUCCAGCUUAAUUGAGCGGACAAUUACCAACGCAACACGAGACCAGAGCGCUGAAUAUUUCGUACUUCUGGCACUGAUAUGGUUGUGCUGCCUUAUUCUCGUUAUAAAGCAUUCGUAA